ACAACAGCAACGGCAACGGCAGCGACAACGGCAACGGCAAUAGCAGCAGUUACCCGACUUUGUAUCUCCCACUGCCCAUAAGUCUGCAGCGCAACUUCAGUCUGCAAAUAGGCAGCAAAGUGAUCGGCGUUUGACUAAAAAAGCACUUCUUGUUUCGUUGGCAAAAGCGAAGAAAUACAAACAAAAAGAAUUUCUUGAAAACUUAAGGGUGUGGAAAAACUCCCAUUUUGGAUUAUUUUUCGAAUUUUUUCUUUCGCUGAAGGUGAUUUAAUUUUUGCCAAACGAUGAGAAGGGCCAAAAGAUGGCUUUUAAUAUUUGCAGCUCUUUUGGGAUUUAUGUCACAUUCUGGAGCCCUGAGGCCGGGAUUUCCUAAACCAGCAUAUACAACUUCUACAACAACAACCACAACAACAACGACAACAGAAGUUCCGGAAACAACAGUAGCCGCAGAAGAAACUGAACCAAAAGUGGCACAUCAUGUAAAUGCAACAACGAAACCAUCAAAAAAACUAACUGGAAUUCCUCAAAUUGAUUGGGUCUGGGAUCCAAAUUUACCUCGUGAAUUAAAUGGAUACAAUCUUUCAACUUAUCCCUUCUUCAGCACCGUACCACCUCAUAAUGAAAUUGCAUUUAAAUGUGAUGGACUUCAUGAUGGAUUCUAUGCGUCAAUUGAAUACAAAUGUCAGGUCUACCAUCAUUGUAUUUAUGGUAUUCGUCACGAUUUCCUGUGCGCCAAUUUUACAGCCUUCGAUCAAAGGACAUUCAUUUGCCACUUCGUUUCCGAAGUAGACUGUGAAAAUUCGGCCAAGUUCUGGAACAGAAAUGACAACUUAUAUAUGGCCACCACAACAACGUCCACGACAACAACAACAACGCCAGCUCCUCUAACUCCAGAGCCAGAUUUCAGACGUGGACCAAAUCGUAGACCCUUAAGGCGUCGUCGUCCAUCAGAUUACUACUAUGACGAAGAUUAUGAAGAUGACUACUAUGAGGAAGACCGUAGGGCCAACAGACGCCGUAAGCAAAGACCACGUAACCGCCGACCGGAAUACGAUGAUGAAUACGAGGAGAAGCGUGCUUACAGUGAUGAAGAUUCACGAUUUGACAACAAACGUUCAAAGAACAGAGAUCCAAUUAGAGAUGAGGUAGAAGAAGAUUAUGAAGAAGAUCGCCGUCCCAAGCCCAAAGCUCGCCCAAAGAGCAGACAAGGUGACCUAUCGGAACGUCGAAACAAACCGAUUGCUCGUAAAUCCGCUGCUGAUCGUCAAGCAGUUCUCGACGAAAGACGUAGCUUAAGUGAUGAAAAGGAAAAGCCCAGAAAUAGACUCGAUGAUGAACCAGAAGUUGUUCCAGAACGUCGACGUCCAACAGCUGGUGGAAGAAGGAGAAAAAAUGGUCAAAAACGUCCAGCUCCAGUUGAUGAUGAUUUCGAUGAACCAAUUCGACGCGAUGAAGGAGAAGAAGAAAACGAAAGCCCUGCUGAAGUGAAACCAGCUAAAGAUGAAAUUGUAGUUCGACCACAAACUUCAGCUGCUGCAGGAAGUCCAAUAGCCUCCAUAUUCGAUCGGCCUCGUGUUGCCCCGAAAAUUCCCAGACCAGUUCCUAUUCAUGAAAGAAAUAAGUUCGGUUAUCAGGGACAAAAGGCCACAACAUCAACGACAACAGUAGCCCCACUAAGCGAUGAGUACUAUGAUGACUCAGAAUAUGAAGAAGUUAGUCCGGUUAAGGAAAGAGAAGAACCAUCUAGCAGACGAGAGACACCCCGCCGAAGACUUCAAGAUGAACUCGGUCUUCGCCGAACUGACGAUAUUCCUCCUCGUCGUUCGCAUAGCCAGACAAGGCGUGGUAGUGAAAACCCCAAGAGAGUUGGAAAGCCUAGGAAGCCAAUACCAGCAAUCGAUGAUGACUACGAACCUAUUCCAGCGAAUGACGAAUCAGAGAGGAAACCCAGUCUCCGAAAGCGCCCACAUGCCAUCAGAGAAAAGCCUUCGGAAGAUUCUGACUCGAUAGAAGAACCAGUCCGUGAACAGAGACCACGAUCUCGCAGACCUCUUAAGAAAGAAGAUCCCAUUGUGGAAGACACCAGGGAACAUAAACCACGAGAUCAUCGCAGAAGACCUGCGGAAGUGGACAAAGCUCCUCUUCCCGUCCCAGAAGAAGAUACAGAAGAAGUCUACGAUGAACAUGUUGUAGACGAUGCCGACGACGAAAAACCAUCUGCAAACCUUGAAAGUGAUAAGCCAGCUCAACGGGAUGGACGUCCAGUGGUGCGAGUAGUGAAGCGUCCAUUCCUGCCAUCGCGCGGUGGAAGCCCCUACUUACCCAGAGGACUCCAACCUGUAGGAGCUGCUCUCAAGCAAACCGCCACAGAUAGUACACCCGUCGACAUGGGAUCGACAAUUUCGGGAGUGCGUCUUCUGGAACACGGAGCCCCAAUCCUUCGGGAAACCGGGCCCAGUGGUCCAUCAGACAUUCACUACACCAUAUCCCCACGUAAAGGUCCCCGAACCACCUUGCCACCGCAGAUUGAGCAUCCAAAGGCCAUCCUCGAUGAAUUGUAUGAAAACGAUUAUGACGUUACCCUAAACGAUGCUCUCAAUCCCACUUUAAAGCCCCUUUCCUCUAAUAACAAUAGGAACUCGUUAGGUCCGUUCAAUAAAUACGAGCGGGCUGGAUAUUCAGCUCCAAAUAGUAAUAAUUAUAAUAACGCUCCUGACUCAUAUUUCUCCUCCACAGAUGUCCGGAGACGAACCGUUUCAGCACCGCGUAACACACGGCAAGAAUUUCGAGGAGCGACGAGAGUAGCGCAACAUUUUUAUGAUGACUUCGAAUACUAAUCGGGAGUGCUUGCUUUCCACCUGCCCUUUUGUCCUUGAGGAAAAUAAAAAUAGAUACAAGUAGAAUUCUUAGCCAACGAAUUUUCGAAGAUUUUUAUUUUUUUUUUUUUUUAAUAUAACGUAAGGACCAAAACAUAAGAUUUUGCAAUCAAUUUAGGAACAAACAAAACAAUAAAAAAGGAGAAGAAAAGAACAAACAAAUUUAACCAACAUUUUGAAACAUGAAAUUAUAUGUAAAUAUAAAAUGAAAAACACACAAGUUUUUUAAUGUUUUUUUAAAUUUUGAUUUGUUUCUUUUCUAAUUUUUUUUUAGAAAAUACUCAUGAGUCGUGAUAGUUAUGAACAUAACAGAUUUUUCUGUUUUCUGUUUUCGUUUUCUUUUUUUUUUUAUUUUUUUAAAUAAAAUUGUAAAUUAUUUAAUAAAAAAAUAUCCUUUUUUUAUAGAAAAAAAAACAAACACUUCUUUUAUAAACUCUUUUAAAACAAAAAAUGAAAAUUAGAAAUUUUGCAAAAUCUGUUUAUAUGUUUAAGGAUAUAAUUUAAUAGAACAAGUACGUUUAUUUAAACAAGAAAUGUAUGGUUAUCUAUUUAUGUCGCCAAUAAGACUUGAUAAAUAGUUUUAAAUUGAAUGAAAUACAAAAAAAAAACAUAAAAAGAAAUAAUUAAAGACAAAAUAAAAAAAUAUAAAUAAGAACAAA